AACAACAACCGUAGAUUUUACAGUAAAAAAUCUGGCAGCUCAGUCGACGAGACGUGCUUACAUGACACUAGACUUUUAUCAUAAAAAUUACUUACACCGUUUUUCACUUAACAGUACACUGUAAAUGCUAGGGUAAAAUUCCAGUGACUGAACUGCCAUUCUUUUCCCCUGAAAUCCACAGAUUUACAAUGCAUUACUUUACAGGAAAAAACAAGUGUCCAUUUUGCAGUAAUGAAAAAAAGGGACGCUCAGUCAUCAGAAUCUUACUGUAAAAAUAACCAUGGUACCGUUUUUCCAUUUAGAGGUCUUACGUGUAAAAAACACCUUAAAUUUUAUGGUAAGUCUCUUCUCAACUGAGCUGCCAGUUACUGUGACAUUUUUUUAUUUACAGUAAUGUAAAAAUUAUCUGGAGUGUCACCAGAAUUUUAUUGUAAAAUUUACUGCGUUUUUUACACUGGAUUACUGUAAACAGGGAGAAAGUUAUUUUUAAGGUUUUUUUGCAGUGUAUUACUGUAAAUGGAAAAAUAAAACUGGUGACAAAAAUGCCAUAUUUUAAACUGUAAAAUCUAGUGCUAUUUUUUUUACAGUGCAUUACUUAAAAAAAAAUCACGUUAAAACAUUUUUCCAUUUACAGUAAUUUGGAGUAAUAACCACUGUAAAUUUUACAAUAAAAUUCUGGUAAAAAAGCUGCCAGUUUUUUUUACUGUGAAAUCUACAGAUGUUUUGUUUUUGUACAGCGCAUUACUGUACUGUAAAUAACAUUUUUUUUCCACAACUUAAAUCAGUCACCAGUAUUUUACUGUCAAAAAAAAAGUGGGAUUGUUUUUGCCUUUACAGUAAUUUGAUGUGAAAAACACCAUACAUUUUACAGUGAAAUAGUUGUCACCAGACUUUUAUCGGAACAUUUUUGGUGUUUUUUACACUGAAUUACUAUGAAAUGGGCGGGAAAAAAGGUUAUUUUUAGGGUUAAAAUCAGGUGACUGCUACCAUUUUUUUUGUACAGUAAAAAUCUACAAAAAAAUGUACACUCUAAAGUGGGAUGAAUGAAGUCAAUGGUUGCCAAAGUACCACCGCGGGUUGCACAUUUUGCCUCAUUUUUUAUUAGUUUGUGGCAUAUUGGGAGGAUCAAAUUAUACACAAAUAGAGCAAAAAGAGAAAAUAAAGCUUUGCAUUUUAAAUUUAGUGUUUAAUAUUUUUACUAAAUAAAAAAACAAAGACCUGUAAAUAUUUCUACAUAUUCCUGUUAAAAACAUACUUUUUACAUGAAGUUUAAAAAACGGCAUAUGAGAAAGAACUUUGUCAUUAUGGUCACAUUAUGCACGGUCACGCGGCGAUAUGCUGACGUUUGACCUUUGCCGUCCGAGAGCGUCACAGUUAAUGAUUGCUGCCGAGUGAAGACUCGAGAAGGUGCUAGAAGUCCUUCUAGUGCGUCUUCUAGCAUGGCUGCAGCGGCACGGCAGGGUGAGACGUCCCGACCACACAUGGACCUCAGGGGGAGGAUCGCAGAACUUUUCACCUGGUGAGUGACCUCAUCACGCCCUGGUCUUCACCUCUGGAGUGUAAACCUCUGUAUGUGUGUGUGUGUGUGUGUGUGUGUGUGUGUGUGUGUGUGUGUGUGUGUGUGGUGUGUGCGUGACAGGCAGCUGGCCAAGACGCUGGCCAUGGGUCAGGGCCUGGCAGUGCUGGUGUGCGGCACGGCGGUCGCCUCGCAGUACCUGACCUCCGACUUCCACGUGGACACGCCCAUGCUGCAGAGCUUCCUCAACUACGUGCUCCUCAGCGCCACCUACGUUCCCAUGCUGCUCUGCAGACCAGGGGUUGGAAAUCUCUUUCAGAUUGUGAGGAGUCGCUGGUUCAAGUACUUUCUGCUGGGCCUGGUGGACGUGGAGGCCAACUACGCUGUGGUCAGAGCCUACCAGUACACCACCCUCACCAGUGUGCAGCUGCUGGACUGCUUUGUUAUCCCAGUGGUGAUGGUUCUUUCCUACUGGGUUCUGAAGACCCGAUACCGGCCUGUCCAUUACGUGGCCGUGUGCAUCUGUCUGCUCGGUGUGGGCGCCAUGGUGGGGGCUGACCUGCUGGCUGGGAGGGACCAAGGCUCCACCGCCAACUUGCUGCUAGGUGACGGCCUGGUGCUGCUCAGCGCCACGCUCUACGGCGUGUCCAACGUGUGUCAGGAGUACACGGUGAAGAAGCACAGCCGGGUGGAGUUCUUGGGCAUGGUGGGCCUCUUUGGCACCGCCAUCAGCAGCGUGCAGAUGAUCAUCUUGGAGCGCCACCAGUUGGCCGCCAUCCGUUGGAGCUGGCAAGUGGCGCUCCUCUUGGCCGUGUUUGCGUCCUGCAUGUUCGCCUUGUACAGCUUCAUGCCCGUGGUGAUGAAGAAGAGCAGCGCCACCGCCGUCAACCUCAGCAUGCUGACCUCUGACCUCUUCAGCCUCUUUUGUGGCAUCUUCCUCUUUCACUACAGCUUCUCUGCACUGUACCUGGUGUCAUUGGUGGUCAUCCUCAUUGGGUUCACCACCUUCAAUGCUGUGCCCACGCCCACAAGCCCCGAACCAACCUGCCAGGCAGGUCGCAAUGCCAACACCGUUGUCAACCCCGCCAAACAGGAAGAGGAGCAAAAGAGAAGCACUGAUGUCAUACUCUGCACUAAAAUGUGAAAAAGUAUUUGUUUUACUUCAUUACAUUGUGACUAAUUUUGUUUAUUCAAACUUUUACACAGCGUUCCAGUUUUAUUGUAAUUUAUUACAGUUUAGGUCAAUCCAAAAAUGACAACUUAUGCCUGAUAGGCAGCAAUAUACAUAAAAUGCAUUUCAAUAAAACCAUAAAAAUCACAUUAAUCUACACAAGAUAAAUGGUUAAAUAAAGAUUAAAAAUUGUCAUGUGAUAAAUUCAUUGGAAGUGUUCAAACACCAAUAUAGUCAAGCUUUUUAAACCGCUUGUCAGCUAAAAGACAGGAAGUAGAAUCAUUCACCAGCCACCAGCCACUUCAUUAGGUACACUAUCUUAUGGACCCAAUGUAAACUAACAUGUUUAUUACUCCACUUUAUAACAUUUUGGUUAUCUUA